AUGGUUCAAGGUGCUUCAGAGAUAGCCGCAGUGUGUGUCGGCCUGAUUGGACUGAUAGGGGCGUCGGCUACUACAGGUUUGCCCAUGUGGAAGGUGACAGCUUUCAUCGGGGCAAACAUAAUUGUGAUGGAAACCCGCUGGGAAGGAUUGUGGAUGAACUGCUACCGACAGGCCCACAUCAGGAUGCAGUGUAAAGUGUACGACUCUGUGCUGUACCUGCCCCCAGAGUUACAGGCAGCCAGGGGUCUGAUGUGCUGUUCUUUGGCUUUGUCGGGGGUGGGACUCCUCGUGGCUCUGGCAGGAAUGCGGUGUAUUUCCUGUUUUCAGGGUACUCAUCGGGCUAAGACCAUGAUCCUGAUGGUUGCAGGUGGUAUGCAGUUCUUGGCCUGUAUCUGUGUCCUUAUCCCUGUGUCGUGGACGGGUAAUGUCAUCAUCAGGGACUUUUACAAUCCUUUGCUAAUCGAUGCCCAGAGGAGUGAGCUGGGAGAGGCUCUCUACAUUGGUUGGGUGACCAGCGGCUUCCUUUUCGUCUCAGCUAUGUUGUUCGUCUGCCGCCAAAUGCCCUCAGACAAAGGCUAA